AAUCGUAUCUGCACCAUGCCUAUGACCUACCCCGCUCACACGUUCCCUCAACAGCCAGCCAAACUCCUCCUCUCUCUCCGUUAUCUCAGAUCCAGCCGCCCCUUCCAUCUCCUCUUCCACAACCGGCCACCGUCCCGAUCUGAAGGUCUCCGACCAGAUCAGCCUCCUCCCCACCACGGCGUGCGGCGAGGAGUCCCCGGAUCGCUCGCCGUCACCCAGUGCGGUGCAGAUCUGGUAGUCCGCCCUCACCAAGCAUUCGAUGCGUUGACGGCUCCUAGCACCAGAUACCGCGACGAACGAGCUGUGUUCUGCCUCCUCCGGCUGCCGAGGACCACGGACGCCACUUCGUCUCACCGGCUGGCUCAGCAUCAGCACCGGCCACUACUCACAGGUGUGCAAAAUUGUUGCUACGUCAUGGAUCUAUCACUUUUGCUCUUGGUCUUGUGUUCUCCAGUGCGUGAUGAAUUUGAUGAUGAUGAAAUGGAGGCUGGACGACGUCUGCCACACGAGUUAACAUGCCAGGCUCCUGACUUACUUUAGUUCAUGUCUUCAUGGCCAGCAAGUUGUCCUGGUUCCUGCAUAGAUUGUACUCCCUCCGUUCGGAAUUAUUUGUCUCGGAAAUGGAUGUAUCUAGAAUUAAAAUACGUCUAGAUACAUUCAUUUCUGCGACAAGUAAUUCCGAACGGAGGGAGUAAUUUUGUAGGCAGAAUUAUACAAGAACUUUUCGGAUGUCCCACUCAUACUUUGCAGAAUUUUGACGAAGGACUUGUAUGUUUUAACAGAACUCUGUUUUACAGAGUAGACACUCUGAAUAAAUUGCUGACGAACUUUAUUUUUGUA